AUGCGAUGCGCGAACAAGGCCGCUGAGAGCGCGUCUGCACGUCUCUGUGCAGACGCCGAAGCAGAAACCGCUGCAACCGAUGUCUCAUCGGUUGCUGAAGCGACUCAGCCUAUGUCACCUGGUGAUGCAGGCGCUGGUCAUGAAGACACUCAUGUCUUCACAGAGGAUGAGCUCGGUGUCUCAUACUCUCCUGAUACGGAAGACGGAUCCGUAUCGACGGCGAUCGAAUCCAAGCCGCCUGCCAAGCGUGGCAUGGAUGAUGCUAUACGUCGUAGCAUCUUAAGUUCAUCUGAUGAAUCAGAUGAACCAUCGCCGAAGCGAAGGCGCUCGAGGUCGCGAGACUCGGGCUCUAACAGUGGUGUCGGUUCUCCCAUGGACACCACUUCGCAACGAGGUGCCAGUCCUUCUGUCGGCACGUCGCAGGAAGAGCGGGACCGUAACGUGUUGCGUCUCGCCCCCGAGAAGAAGGCAUGGAUGCCUCCCAAAUCCGUUAUGGAUCACUUGUCGGCGACGACGAGUGAUCGUUAUCGAACACGGUUGUUCGAUUCGUCAAGGAUCCAUCACCUUGACCCCAGCGCGAAAAACUAUCGCGCUGAGAAUGAAUUCUUCAUCGAUGCUUUCAUUAGACAUCGAUGGUACAGUGGGAAUCACAAGCGUGAUGGUCCCUCACUGCUUCAGGCGUGGAACGCCUGCAUUCAUAACCUUGAGGAUGUAGGUCGUGACGCUUGGAACGACAAACUUAUCAAAGCUCGUGAUAAGUUUGAAAAGCGAACCCCGACAGGUGCAAGCUACAAGCUGCAUCGUCUGUCAAGGGAGAAAGGAUUACCAUGCCUCUCAAGGAAUCUCGUGCCCGUGUUGUGUGAACAACUCUGCACGAGCACCUAA